AUGGGUUUAAUGGACGAAUUGAAUCUUAAGCCUGGCGUCAUCUACGGCGAGGAUGUCUACAAGGUCUUCCAAUACGCCAAAGAGAACGAGUUCGCUCUCCCCGCCGUCAAUGUGACUUCAUCCUCUACUGUCGUUGCUGUCCUUGAGGCUGCUAAGGAAUCAAGAGCACCUGUUGUUAUCCAGGUCUCCAACGGAGGUGCUGCUUUCUUUGCUGGAAAGUCCAUCCCUAACACCAACCAAGAAGCUUCCGUUGCUGGUGCCAUUGCUGCUGCCCACUACGUCCGCGCAAUUGCCCCCGUCUACGGUGUCCCCGUUAUCCUACACAGCGACCACUGUGCCAAGAAGCUGCUGCCGUGGUUAGAUGGCAUGCUCGAGGCUGAUGAGGCGUGGUUCAAGCAGCACGGAACACCUCUGUUCAGCAGCCACAUGAUUGAUCUAUCGGAAGAAGAUCUUCAGUACAACAUCGAGACAACAGCCAAAUACCUAAAGCGAUCGGCACCGUUAGGUCUGUGGUUGGAAAUGGAAGUUGGUCUGACGGGUGGUGAGGAAGACGGUGUCAACAACGAAGACGUUGACAACAACUCGCUGUACACACAACCUGAGGAUAUUCUUGCCAUCUACGAGGCACUGCGCCCCAUCUCUAAGCUAUUCAGCAUUGCUGCUGGUUUCGGCAAUGUCCACGGUGUCUACCAGCCGGGCAACGUGAAGCUUCACCCCGAGCUCCUCGGCAAGCACCAGGCCUACGUUGCCCAGAAGCUUGGCGAUGGCCAGAAGAAGCCGGUCUUCUUCGUUUUCCACGGUGGUUCUGGCUCAAGCAAGGAAGAGUUCCUGGAGGCUAUCUCGCACGGUGUUGUCAAGGUUAACCUCGACACCGAUCUCCAGUGGGCUUACCUUGUCGGUCACCGAGACUACAUUCUAAACAACGUCGAUUACCUAAGGACCCAGGUCGGCAACCCUGAAGGUCCCCACAAGCCGAACAAGAAGAAGUACGACCCCCGCGUCUGGGUCAGGGAGGGUGAGAAGACGAUGAAGGCCCGUGUUAUCGAGGCACUUCAGGACUUCCGCACAGCCGGCAAGCUAUAAAUAAACUAAUCACUUGGGGGCGUUGUUAGACAAGGAUACCGCGAAGAGAGUUCUAAAAUAGUCAAACUUUGAUAUAGCCUGUGUUGAAAUUUUCCAAUGCAUCUUCUUGGAUUGAUGAGAUGACCACUGCCAGUUUUCAUAACCAAACUCAUGGUGUUGAUUGUCGAAUAGACUGUAUUUGGUCUCCCACGUGUAGUUGCCGUCGGCAAUAUGGCACACCCGAUACAUCGGACGUGGAUAACCGAGGCCCGGAAUCUUCCAUGGGCCAUAGCCAAGAGUCGAGAUCGGGAUCGAGAGAGAAAUUCCGUCAAUCAAAUAGGCCAGAAUGGGGAUAUUAGACAAUUGAAACCUCUAUCAAUAGAGCAGAUCUAUCAUUACAAAUUAUGCCUUCCUUAUCGUGUAGCUAGAGGUUCGGUACGACUUUCGCGUGAAUAGAAGACCUGACGUCAGCCAUCUGAUUAGGUACAGAUAGUUAUCGAAUAUGUUGGUGCAGUUACAUGGUUUAAUGCAUAUAUCUCUUAGUUAAUUAGGUAUAUAGUUAAAUCACCAUCAUUGUAAGC